UGUGGAGGAAGCAAGCAUGAGAGAGUAGCGAAGCAUGCAGGGACAAUUAAAGUAAAUGGCGCCCGCUAAAAGGAAAUUACCACAGCGUUUGCUGUUCUUUUUCAUUUUUCUUCCAGUCUCAGGUGUCUUUUGCUUUAGUGAAUUAUUUUUCAUCAAGGAACCCCGUGAUGUCACUGUCAUGCGUAAAGAGGCGGUUAUUUUGGACUGUCAGGCACACGGAGAGGCAUCCGUUGACAUCAGAUGGCUCAAGAAUGGAUUGAAAUUAGUGAAUAGUGAACGGGUGUACCUGCUAUCCAAUGGCUCCCUUUUUAUUUCAGAGGUGGAGAGCAGAAGAGGAGACAAAUCAGAUGAAGGGUGCUAUCAGUGCCUUGCUCAGAACAAGUUUGGAACAAUCCUUAGCCAGAAAGCCCAUCUUACAAUCGCAAGUAUGUCCUCUUUUGCACUCCAGCCAAUGUCCAUAGUGGUAACUGAAGGCUCAGUUGCCAGGUUUUCCUGUAAAAUCAGUGCGCACCCUCCUCCCAUCAUCACUUGGGAGUUCAAUCGAGUCACAUUACCCCUCGCCACUGAAAGAAUCACAGUCCUGCCCAGUGGUGUUCUUCAGAUUCAUGGGGUGAAGCGAGCUGAUGCUGGACACUACCGCUGCAUUGUCACUAAUAUUGCUAGCCGUCGCCGAAGCACAGAAGCCACCCUCACCGUCACUCCAGCUCCUGGCCCCCAGCUACCUCAGAGACCACGCAUCAUAGCUGGGCCACAGAACAUCUCAGUGUCACUGCACCAGAAUGCCAUCCUUGAAUGCUUGGCUACAGGUAGUCCACGACCUCUCAUCUCCUGGAGCAGAGCGGACAGCAAGUCCAUUGAUGUUUACAACACCAAAGUAUUGGGAAAUGGCAACCUCAUUAUCACAGACAUCAAACCCCAGCAUGGAGGAGUCUAUAUGUGCAGAGCCACCACUCCUGGCACACGGAAUUACACUCUUGCCUCAGCCAAUGUCACUGUGCUAGGACCACCGUCUUUUGUGGAGUGGCCAGAGAGCUUGACACGUCCACGUGCUGGCACCGCCCGUUUUGUGUGCCAGGCGGAGGGAGUUCCAGCAGCUCAGAUCACAUGGUUCAAAAAUGGAGAAAGAGUCCAAUCCAAUGGCCGCAUCAAGAUGUACCACAGCAAAUUGGUCAUAAACCAGAUCAUCCUUGAAGAUGACGCCAUUUAUCAGUGCCAGGCCGAAAAUGAACAAGGAUCAGUCCUCUCCAUGGCGAGACUCAUCGUAGUGAUGUCAGAGGACCGGCCAAGUGCACCCCGGUAUAUCCGAGCCGACACAGUUUCAAGCUCUGCCAUACUCCUGGCUUGGGAAAGGCCACAGUAUAACUCAGAUAAAGUUAUUGCUUACUCUGUGCACUACAUGAAGGCUGAAGGAUUAAACAACGAGGAAUAUCAAGUUGUCAUUGGAAACGAUACCACUAGCUACAUUAUUGAUGAUCUUGAACCGGCUAGAAACUACACCUUCUACGUGGUGGCCUACAUGCCCAUGGGAGCCAGUCGUAUGUCUGACCACAUCUUCCAGCAUACAUAUGAGGAUGUUCCCCUUCGAGCUCCGGAGCUCAGUCUCACCAGCCGCAGCCCCACAGACAUACAGGUCUCUUGGCAGCCUCUUCCAAAGAAGCUGAGCCGGGGGCAAGUUUCCGCCUACCGCUUGUCUUAUCGCACCAGUUCUGAGGCUGCAGUGUCACAGAUAGAGCUACCUGGAGAAAAGACCCAACAUCUUUUUGAAAACCUGCAUCCUGACACCAUCUACCUCCUGCGUAUUGCUGCUGCCACCAACAUAGGUUGGGGUGAGCAAUCUGCCUGGACGUCUCACCGCACUCCAAAGGCAUCCAAUGCUCGAGUUCCACUAGCUCCCGAGCUGCAUUUGGAGCCUUUGAAUUGCACCACUAUUUCUGCACGAUGGCAGUUGACAGCCAGGAACUCAGCCAGUGUGAAGGGCUACAAACUCUUUUACCACGAGGAAAGCCAGCCUGAGAAUGCACCAGUUCAGUUGCACCCGUCUGCAAAUAAGCACAUAAUUGAAGGGCUUGACCCGAGGAAGAAGUACCAUGUGAAACUUCUGGCUUAUAAUGUUGUUGGAGAGGGGUACCAAGCAGACCAGACCAUUAGCACCCCUGGAUGUGUCUCUGUUCGAGAUCGCCUGGUCCCCCCUCCACCUCCUCCACAUAAUGUUCACGCCAGGACUAACAGUUCCACUGCUGUAUUUCUGCACUGGGGCCGACCGGCCUUCAGCUCCAACAAUCCAGUCAACUAUACCGUCCGCUGCAACCCUGUUGGCCUACAGAACGCCUCGCUGGUGCUCUAUCUGCAGACGAGUGAGCAAAGCCUCAUGGUGCAAGAUCUGGAGCCCAACACUAAGUAUGAAUUUGCCAUCCGUCUUCAUAUUGACCAACUGUCAAGUCCUUGGAGCCCUGUGGUCUAUCAUAACACUUACCCUAAAGCUCCUACUCGGCCCCCGUCCAGCAUCAAGGUGAAUCUGAUUGACGAGGACACAGCACUUGUUUCCUGGAAGGUCCCAGAUGAGCCCAGUGUAGCCGUGACACACUACACAAUCCUGUAUGCCUCCAGAAGCGCCUGGAUCGCUGGGAAAUGGCAAGUGCUGCAACGAGAGGGAAGCAUCACCAUGGCGCUGCUGGAGCACCUGAAGCCCGGCCAGGUUUACUUGGUGAAAGUUUCUGCAUCCAACGAUAUGGGUGAUGGUCCAUUCUCUCACACUUUGGAGUUGACAGUUAAAGCAGAUCUCCCCACUGGAAAGAAUAUCCGGCUUUCCAGCGGCUCCACACAAUCCACAGGCUUUUCUGAUGGCUUCUACCACCUGGACCAAAAGUCAAUGACUGGUAUCAGUGUGGGAGUCUGCAUCGCUCUCAUCUGCAUCGUCAUCUGUGCUUUCAUCAUGAUCUGCAGAGGCAAAAACAGCAAACUUUCAGCUAUUAAAACACAAAGAGAAGAGGAGAGCAGAUCCACCACAGCUGCAGGACAACUUGGAUCUGAAGCACAAGUUGAGAAUGCAGACGUCAACAUGCCAAUGAUAAGUCGUCAUUUCAUUGAUGCCAAGGGUGGAACAAAUCUUAUCAUCAAUGCCAACGGCCCUGUCCAUCCCAGCCCCCAGAAGAAAAGGAAAUGGUUUUUCUUUGGAGGUGAUGUGAAAAAGAGCAAUAAAACCAUACAGAAUACGAGACAUGACGCUGUCUCCUACCAGCCCAGCACCACAGUGCUGAUCUACGAGGAAGAACUGUCUAUUUCUCCAAACCAGCCCAUAACUCUGCAGGCCCUGCUCGGGCAUCCUGGCUGCACAGAGGGAUCGUCUAACAGUGAGGGCAGCCACGAAACUGGCGACUCAGGUCACUACUCUCACAACGAGACAGAGUUGACAAAUCUGUCCUCUGGUCCCAGCAGCCGCCCACACUCACUGACAGGAGAGGACAGCAGAGACUCAGACUGCAGCAGUCCUGCUGGAGAGCUAAAUGAGCUGUCAGAGGAUAGUUGCACUGACAUGGAGGCAAAGGAGUCAGUUGUUACCAUCUCAAGUCAUCAUGAAGCUCAGAGAAGGUCUACGUCUGCACUUAGUGUGUAG